UUCCCCUGUGUGAUGUUUAUCAGUGCUGGUGCUGAAAUAUGGAAGUUUUUGUUUAGAGUAUUUCCUGUGUCAGGGCGUUCAGGCUUUGUCCCACUUGCAUGGACAGUGUUAGAGCGUGAAAGUCGAACACCUUAGACUAUCGGGGCGUGGUCUGAAUAUAAGCCUGGUGAUCAGAGAUCGCUCAGAGAGUGAUCACUUCUGACAGGAAGCAUCAGCCUCCACCUGAUCAUGCAGACACAAAGAAACAGGAGAGGAUAUAUACAACACUUCAUAAACUGUAAGCAUCUGUGGCUUAAUGAGUUGAAAAAGCUUGCACAUGACUUGAAGAACCCGUAUCUUUUAAAAGAAAACGUACCCGAGUACCCCCGACCCAAGUUUCACGUGUCUCACCUGAAACAUGACACAGAGCGAGGGGCUUUAUGUUGGAUCAGGACAGACGGUGGCUUCAAGGAUCCUCACAGAGGCUUCGGGGAUCCACACAAAUGGUCACUGGUGUGGUGGAGUCUGGCUGUGAGACCCGAGGAGAUCCAGGCAGCCGAGACGAUGCUGCUGAAGAAGACCUACCCAAACCAGACGAAAGAGCAGGCUGCGAAGCAGCAGAGAUUCCUGUGGAGGUUCGCCACCUCUCCAGCCUUCAGUGAGAAGUCCAGGUAUGGCUCAUACCGCUUCACCUUCCCCCUGCAGGACGUGCUGACCGCCUACAGCAAGCAGUUUUGCUUUGGAGCUACGCCCAUCAUGAGAGUGUUCAGGACUUGCCUGUUCAAACAGGAAGUGCAGUACUCUGUGUUGGUCCACAGCCCAGCCAAUCGGGAGCUCUUCUCAGAGUUUCCAUUACUUCCUGGUAAUGACCCAAACACUGUCUGCGCCUACAGAGAUGGACGCUUAAUCUGGAGGUCAGAGGCCAUGUGUGAAACACACAGGUACAAGCUGAUCCACAGACCUGAUACAAGCCAGAUGCACACUCUGAAGUUGUUUAGACAGCCUCAGUUUUAUCUUUGGGAUAAUGUUGCCAUCGCCCUGCAUGUGGAGAACGGACAGGUACUAAAGUUUGAUUCUGACCAACUGAGAGAGAACCUGAAGUUCUACACCGUGCUGGAGGAAGAGCCUUCACUCGAACUCAGUUUUAAAGAAGAGGAUUAAAGACUUUACUGAAGUUUGAAGCCUGCCUGCAGUGAGAUGACGCCUCCAGUUUAAUCUCUGUUUGUUUCCUGUUCUGUAUUUUAGACCAACCAAGCGUAUUGUUUGG